CGGACCCGGGGUGGCCCCCACACUGCAGCAGCCAGAGGUCUGAUGUCAUGACGCAAUAUUGCCCCACCGUACAGAUGCUCUGUAAAUGCUGAUGGCACAAGUGAUCCAAUAUGAAUGUGCAUGAUGUUGGAGGAAGACGACGACACGAGGACAAUGAGCUCACGCUGCGGAUCUACCCAGGAAACAUCGCAGAAGGGACCAUCUACUGCCCUGUCACGGCGAGGAAGAACACCAGUGCAGCCGAGGUGAUAGAAAUUCUCAUCAACAAACUGCACUUGGACAAAACAAAAUGCUACGUUCUAGCCGAGGUGAAGGAGUUUGGUGGGGAAGAGUGGAUCCUGAACCCAACGGACUGCCCAGUGCAGCGGGUGAUGUUGUGGCCUCGCAACGCGUUGGAGAACCGCUUCAGCAGCGAGGACUACCGCUUCCUGCUGCGGGAAAAGAAUCUGGACGGGUCCAUCCAUUACAGCAACCUGCAGUCGUGGCUCAAGGUGACCGAAGAGCGGAGGAGGAUGAUGGAGAGAGGGUUCCUGCCCCAACCUCAGCAGAAGGAUUACGACGAUCUGUGCAAUUUACCAGACUUAAAUGAAAAAACACUCCUGGAUAACCUGCGCAACAGAUUCAAGCAAGAGAAAAUCUACACUUACGUGGGGACUAUUUUAAUUGCUAUAAACCCUUUCAAAUUCCUGCCGAUUUACAACCCCAAGUAUGUAAAAAUGUACGAUAAUCACCCGCUGGGAAAGCUGGAGCCCCAUAUAUAUGCCAUUGCUGAUGUGGCAUACCAUGCUAUGUUACAGUGCAGGAAAAACCAGUGCAUAGUUAUUUCAGGCGAGAGUGGUUCAGGAAAGACACAGAGUACAAAUUUCCUCAUCCAUCAUCUCACUGCGUUGAGCCAGAAGGGAUUUGCCAGUGGAGUGGAGCAGAUUAUUCUUGGAGCUGGACCUGUGCUGGAGGCUUUUGGAAAUGCAAAGACUGCUCACAAUAACAACUCCAGUCGGUUCGGGAAGUUCAUCCAAGUGAACUAUCAAGAGACUGGCACUGUGCGUGGGGCUUAUGUUGAAAAGUACCUGCUGGAGAAGUCUAGGCUGGUCUAUCAGGAGCACAAUGAACGGAAUUACCAUGUAUUCUACUACCUGCUGGCAGGAGCCAGUGAAGAAGAGAAAAAGAGCUUCCAUCUCCUAGAGCCGGAGGAAUACCACUACUUGAACCAAAUGACUCAGAGCCCAUACAGAAAGACUUGGGAUGAUUAUUACUAUGAUUCAGAGCCGCAGGACAGCUUCACAGUGGAGGGGGAGGAUCUCAAGCAUGACUUUGAGCGCUUGCAACUGGCAAUGGAAAUGGUCGGAUUCCUGCCCAAGACACGUAAACAGAUAUUUUCUCUUCUGUCUGCAAUUCUACACCUUGGGAACAUAAAGUACAAGAGAAAGACCUUUCGGGAUGAUUCCAUUGACAUUUGUAACCCUGAGGUGCUACCCAUUGUCUCCGAACUCCUGGAGGUAAAAGACGAGAUGCUGUUUGAAGCAUUGACGACCAGGAAGACUGUGACAGUAGGAGACAGACUGAUUCUGCCGUAUAAACUGUCUGAGGCUGUAACAGUCCGAGACUCCAUGGCCAAAUCACUCUACAGCGCACUGUUCGAUUGGAUAGUGUUCCGGAUCAACCAUGCACUUCUUAACAACCGCAACCUGGAGGAGCACAUCAAAAUUCUGUCCAUCGGUGUACUUGAUAUUUUUGGCUUUGAGGACUACGAGAACAACAGCUUUGAACAGUUCUGCAUAAAUUUUGCUAAUGAGCGACUGCAGCACUACUUCAAUCAGCACAUCUUCAAGUUGGAACAGGAGGAGUACAGGGCAGAAGGCAUCAGCUGGCACAACAUUGAUUAUAUAGACAACAGUAGCUGCAUAAAUCUCAUCAGCAAGAAACCCACAGGCUUACUCCACCUCCUGGAUGAGGAGUGCAAUUUUCCUCAGGCAACAAAUCAGACAUUGCUGGAUAAGUUCAAGCGACAGAACGAGGGGAACAAUUACAUCGAGUUUCCGGCAGUGAUGGAGCCAGCUUUUAUCAUAAAGCACUAUGCUGGGAAAGUCAAAUACCAAGUCAAGGACUUUCGAGAGAAGAAUACUGACCACAUGCGCCCUGACAUUGUGGCACUCCUGAAAAGCAGCAAGAAUGCCUUCAUUUGCAGUUUGAUUGGCAUUGACCCUGUGGCGGGCUUUCGUUGGGCAGUACUGCGAUCCUACUUUCGAGCUGCCGUGGCAUUCAGAGAGGCCGGUAAACGCUAUGUUGAGAAGAGACCUGGGCAUGAUGAUGCUGUUCCGUUGCCAGUUUUGAAAAGUGUCGAUAGUUUUAGCUUUCUGCAUCACCCAGUCCAUCAGAGGAGUUUAGAGAUUCUCCAGAGGUGCAAGGAGGAGAAGUACAGUAUCGCAAGGAAAAGUCCCAGGACGCCUCUGUCAGAUUUGCAGGGAGCAAACACCAUCAAUGAGAAAUCUCCACGUGAGCUGCAUGGGAUGAGUUGGAAUGGAAGAACUGGGGUCCAGGCUGCGAGACUGUCCUCCAGCCACUCACUGAUCGACGAUGAAGGCAUCUUCUUGAGUUCUGCUAGUAGUAAACUUCUGGAACGAGCCCAUGGCAUCCUAAUGAGGAACCGUUAUUCCAAAAGCAAACCUGCCCUGCCUAAGCACUUGUUAGAUGUGAGGACCCUGAAGUACAUAGCAAGCAUGACACUUCACGACCGCAUCACCAAAUCUCUGCUCCAUUUACACAAAAAGAAGAAACCGCCCAGUAUCAGUGCCCAGUUCCAGGCAUCACUCAACAAGCUCAUGGAGACACUUGGACAGGCGGAACCAUACUUUGUCAAAUGUAUUCGAUCAAAUGCAGAAAAGCUUCCGUUGCGUUUCAAUGAUCACCUGGUACUGAGGCAGCUGCGCUACACAGGCAUGCUGGAAACUGUCAGAAUCCGACAAUCAGGCUACAGUAUUAAGUACUCGUUCCAGGAAUUUGUGGACCAUUUCCAUGUUCUGUUGCUGCAAGGUACGGUUCCUUCCCAGUGCAGUAUUCAAGAGUUUAUGAGAGAAGCUGACCUCAACCCAGACAAUUAUCAAGUAGGAAAAACAAUGAUUUUCACGAAGGAAAGUGAGCGGCAGCGGCUGCAGAGCAUGCUGCACACAGAGGUUGUGAGACGCAUCGUCCUGCUUCAGAGCUGGUUCCGGGCUGUACUCGAGAGAAAGUUGUUCCUCCAAAUGAAGCGGGCAGCUGUUGUUAUCCAGAUCUAUUGGCAAAAUUAUAAAAUGAGGCAGAACCUCAAUGAGACAAACCACACUGUCCUAAACACUGCAGCGACCAGCAUUCAGGCCACGUGGAAAAGCUACCAACAGAGAAAGACAUUUGUGCAGAUGCGUGCUGCUGCCACCAUCAUACAGAGGAGCUGGCAGCAGUACUGGAGAAGACGGCUGGCAGCUCUCUGCUUACAGAUAGCAUGGCGGAGAUACAGGGACAUGCGAGCCUACCGUGCUCUCCGGCAGAUCAUCAUACGAUUUCAAGCAGUGAGCAGAGGAUACCUAACACGGCAAAGAUUUCGAUUGCUAACAGAAGGGAAACUUGGAGAACAGGAAAAAGAGUUGGAGGGUGAGAACAAUGGAACUUUAAACGCUUGCUCCCUGAGCCAAAAUCUUCCCGAAAUGACUGACCAGAACGAUCCCUCCGUGAAUCUCAAACUUAUUGAACAGAAAAAGUCUUCCGCCCCCUACGUAACAAAUUCUAACUACCUGAGGACUGACAUGCACUUUUUGGAACGUGAUCUGAAUGAGACCCACCCAGCCACAAAGCAAAGCAGUGUUCCACAUGAUCAGACAGAGGAAUUCCGUCCUGAAUAUAACGAUAGCUCUGUGGAUGUGCUGGGCAGCACUUCAGACUUUGCCAAUAGUUCGAGCACAGUGCAGGGUGUUCUGGUGCGGGAGAGACCCAAGUCUCUCUCCGGUGAUCCAGAUAAACAGAAGGUGGUUCGUGCAAAGAGGCACAGCAGGCGAAUGCGAGAGUUGGAGCAGGCUAUCUUCAGCCUGGAACUGCUAAAAGUGCGAUCCGGUGGAGUGUCUCCUUCGGAGGAGAGGCGCUGGUCCACCGAGCAGACAGCUGAUAGUGCGAACUCCCUGUCGCCCCAGGGAACUCCAGAUAGCGAGAGCUCCAGAGGCAGCUUCGAGGUCCCCAGCUGUGAAGACAGUGAGAAGAGAAAAGAGUCCGUCUCCGAUGAGCCAACUUUUGAGUCCGGUCUUAUUGAUGCUCAGGAUAUUCUGUCGACAAGUCCCAGGCAGAAUGACCACGCACUACCCACUGCUCUCACACCCAAUGAAGACAAGGUGUCUUCCCCUUCUUCCCCGACAGAUACAAACUGCUUGAGUAUUAAUUCCACAAGUCCCAAACUAGCCAAUAAUCAGUCUUCUUUUCAACAAUUGAAUUCUGAAGACCGACCAACCAGUCCAAAACCAAACAAUAUUUUGCCGUCUUGUCCCAGACUAGUUUGUAGCCACUCCUAUCUCCAGAUGCCAAACCAUUUAUCCAGCAGUCAUUUGCCAAAUGACUUUUUCACUACACGCACAGACCACUUUGAUGCCACUGUUGGAUCUAAGACUGGUGUAGAGUUGGAAGAAGGUGACAAAGAUUUAUGCCUUCAGCCCUCUCUUGAUGAAUCGCCUCACAGUGAGCUGCCUGCUAAAGCGGCUGACGAGCUUGGUGACACCGUCCCCGAGUUCGGUGUUCUGGAGAAACUCGAACAGUUGAACGUGCAGCAGGCUGAGCGACAGAAGCAGAAACAGCAACAGAACGAGAAGGAGAUGAUGGACCAGAUCAGGCAGCAGAAGGAGAUCCUGGAGAAACAGCGCAAGGUCUUUGAAAGGCAAGAGAAGGACCUUUUUGAGAGGCAGCGAGGCGAGGCGCUGCAGAAGAUAGAACAGAACAGGCAAAACGAUUCACCCCCAAUUUCUCUGAGCUCUCCGAGUAGAGGAGGAAAUAAAUCACAGCUCUUCCCUGUAUCGCACCCAGAGAAAAAGUGUGAACCAAACAUCACUUCUGAUCUCUUUCAACAUCCGCUAUUGAGCUUAAAAUGCUGCACUCCAGAGGCUUCUGAAAAUGAAGGUACUUCGGGUCAGUCCAGAGCUAAAGACAGAACGAUCAGCAUGUUCUUUGAAACGAAAGGUGGAUUCCAGGAAAGUAACAAGUCGGAUGGCUGGAGCCCUAAAAUCAGCUUGGAAGCUCGAGAGCCAGCUGCUGGCGUAGAACGAGUUCGCCAGCCAAAAGCACAGAAAGCGAUUGGAGGUGCAAGGGAAGAGACAACAGAUGCCACCACCAAUGAGAGGAUCAAUGUCCUAUUCUUUCUGCCCAAGACAACACUAAGCAAAGUUGACAAGGAUUCUACAAAUCUAGAAAGAUGUCCUGCAAUUCCUAAAGAAGAACGAGCCUCCAAGCAGAAGAUUGUGAAAAUGUCUCCACUAAAAGGAACAGAUGUUGCAAGACCAGCACAUAAAAAGAAAGCCCGCAUGGCCCGGACACGCUCUGAUUUCUUGACUAGAGCUCCUAACGCUGAAGGGGAGGGAGAGACUGAGGAAGACGAGUAUGAUGAACGCUCCGUCGAACUCCCUCAUUCCCCCGACCAACCCAGUCCCGAGCUGAGACCCAAGAACAGUGCCGGACUGGCCUGUUACAGUGACUCAGAAAUGAUACAGUCUUGCAGAAAUGAAGAGCAAAAGAAGCUGCACAAAGCACAAUCCCAGGAUGAGCUGGGCAGGCCAGACACCGCACAGAAGAGCACGCCGUCAGAUGGCAGAGCUCCUCUAAAGGGGCGGAUGAGAUUCUGGGGGAACAGAAAACAAGGUGAGAAGAAGGUGUCGCGAGAGAAGCUGGCAACCCAGUCAGAGAUUCAGGAGCUGAGUAUGGACCAAGGAAGUUCGAGCACACAGUGGAGGAAAGAGCUGAAGCCCAGUGAGACCUCUCUCAGCCUGCAGCUGCCAGAUGUGCGGGAGAAUACGUGUAAAGGUUAUGAUCCCAUUCAGCACAACUUGACCCCACCCAGGAGUCCUGACCUUGGGCUGGAGCGGGGAAAAGAAUUCAAGGAGAACAAGGAGCCAUCACCAAAAGUGCGGAGGAGGAGAAGUGUGAAGAUUAGUAAUGUGGGGCUGGAGCCCAUACAUUGGCAGCAUGAUGCCCUGCAGAUCAUCACAAGUGCAAAUGAUUUCAAAAGCAUGAAUGAAUUUCUGCAAAAGAAGAUCACUGACCUGGAAACAGACGACUGCAAGAAAGAUACCUUUGUGGAUGUUGUCUUUAAGAAAUCACUCAAGGAAUUUCGCCUGAAUAUCUUCAAUUCCUACUCAACGGCUUUAGCGAUGGAUGAUGGGAAAAGCAUUCGUUACAAAGAUCUGUACGCGCUGUUUGAGCAGAUUCUGGAGAAGACCUUGAGACAAGAGCGGCGAGGCUGGAACGAGUCACCUGUCAAAGUGUGGGUCAACACCUUCAAGGUGUUCCUGGACGAGUUCAUGACUGAGUACAAAACUCUGGAGAAUAGCACAGGAAAGGUACCAAAAGUGGAGAGAAAGAAGAGACGGAAAAAAGAAAGUGACAUUGUGGAAGAAUACAAUGGCCAUGUAUUCAAAUCAACACAAUACAGUAUCCCCACCUACUGUGAGUGCUGCUCCUCCCUCAUCUGGAUGAUGGACAGAGCCUAUGUCUGCAAGUUGUGCCGGUAUGCCUGCCACAGGAAGUGCUGCUUGAAAACUACCAUCAAAUGUUCUAAAAAGUACGAUCCAGAGCUCUCAUCCCGCCAGUUUGGGGUUGAAGUUUCUCGACUGACCAAUGACGAGAGGACGGUUCCUCUGGUGGCGGAGAAACUGAUCAACUAUAUUGAGAUGCACGGCCUUUACACAGAAGGGAUCUACAGGAAAUCGGGGUCAACCAACAAGAUCAAGGAGCUGAAGCAAGGUCUGGAUACAGAUAUCAGCAGCAUGAACCUGGACGAGUAUAGCAUCCACGUGAUCGCCAGUGUUUUCAAGCAGUGGCUCAGGGACCUACCGAACCCUUUGAUGACUUUCGAGCUCUAUGACGAGUGCCUACGGGCCAUGGGCCUGCAGGACAGAAAGGAAAUCCUUCGGGGAGUCUAUUCUAUCAUUGAUCAGCUGUCAAGAUCGCACCUCAGUACCCUGGAGCGGCUAAUCUUUCAUCUUGUCAGAAUCGCACUACAGGAGGACACCAACCGGAUGUCCUCAAAUGCAUUGGCGAUAGUCUUUGCUCCAUGUAUUCUUCGAUGUCCAGACACAACAGAUCCGCUGCAGAGUGUUCAAGAUAUUUCAAAGACAACUGCGUGUGUGGAGUUGAUUAUUGUGGAGCAAAUGAACAAGUAUCGAGCCAGGUUAAAGGACAUCAACAGCUUGGAGUUUGCAGAAAAUAAAGCCAAGAACAGACUGUCACUGAUUCGUCGCUCAAUUAAACCGGUUAUAAUAGCAGUUAGAUUCAUGAGUAUGACUCGCAGUUCAAUUCCGCCGAAUGCUACUAAAAAGGGCAAAGGCCGUCUUCGCCGUUCCAAUUAUGCCAGCCCUGCUUCUCCGGUGAGCGUGCGACUGCCAUCGGUGGCAGAUGUUCCUGAAGAAACAAAUAUCGAGGAGACAACAGAUAUAGACAUGACAGAGCAGCAGCAGGCAGCUAUGCAACAGGAGGAGAGGACUCUGACUGAGCAAAUCGAGACCCUGCAGAAAGAGAAGGAGGAGCUGACGUUUGAAAUGCUUGCUCUGGAACCACGAGCCUCUGACGAUGAAACCCUGGAGUCGGAAGCAUCGAUCGGCACUGCAGACAGUUCCGAGAACUUAAACAUGGACUCCGAGGGAGCACAGUCAGAGCGUUCAGAAAGAAGCUCAGUGAUCAGCUCUGUCAGCCAGCAGAGGGCUGAGGCAGUGAGCCGGCUGAGGAGACCUUUGAGGAAGCAGGCCGAUUCCGUGGAGUCCAUCGAUUCAGCCGUUCACUCUUCGGCCUCGUCCUCGGCCUCCUCUGUACCACAAGGAGGAAGGCGGUUCCGUUUCCGUUCCAAGUCCCCUUCGCCAGCGGUUUACCGCUCACACGUCAACUGCAGUCCAGACGGUGAAGCGAGAUACAGCCAGGGGGGCAAAGGUCUCGAAGACUUUCCCCAGUUUACCAGCAGAGGGACUUUUAACCCAGAAAAGGGCAAACAUAAACUGAAGAUACUGAAACGUUCAGUGCAGAAGCCCAAAGACUCUCCUGACGGGGCUUCGGGAAUGGGAAAGAAGCGGAACUCUGAGCCGGAAUACGGUGCUCCACAGCAACUGGUGGUUUUUGGAAAGAACGAGUUCAUGGUGUGAGAUUCCGUAUUAUGAAGGAUUAUGUUCAACUUGGGAUGAGGUCUUCAAAUCAUCCCGACACAUCUUCCUCCUGGGUGCUGCUAUCUCAGUGCACCUGUGCAACACGUCCAAUCUUCACAGUGGCAUCGCUGCCGAAGGAAUGUCAAAGGGAAGUGGUUUCUUUGCUUAAACAAAAACCUGCCAGAAGGUUUGCACUGUGGCCUUAACCAUUUGUAUUGAUUGAAAACGUCACAACCUGUGCAGAAUUAUUGGGUGUGUUGAGCCAGGCAUCUAGGCUGCAGGUGCAUUCACGUGAUAAACAGCUGCUGGUACACUGUUCCUGAGGAACGAUGGGGUAUCUGCAAUCCAGAAGGUUCUGUCCGGGGAAGGCUGGACUUGAAGCACUUGUUGUCUGGGCAGUGAUCCACCAUCCAGAAAAGCGGGACCGACCCAUUCCGCUGACUCCAAGGAUCCAAUAGACUUGAGAACGGAUUGAGAUAUUAAUCCCACAGCGACACUCCACUGACUCUGCAAAAAGUGCUGAGCUGAGUGAACUUGUUGAAGAGCUCCCGAGACCAAGGCAUACAAUCAGGCUCAAAAGCACUUCUCGAUGACUUGGAAGCACUGCUGCCAGAGAGAACGAACAUUUGAAAUAUUUAAAACAAGCUGUCCGAGGUCAGCCAGAGAUGACUGGGAAAUGUAAGCCAAAUAUCUGUAUAUAAAAUGCAUUAACCAUACGUCCUGUGUCCGGCGUUUUACAGGGUUUCAGAAACCACUUGCCAGUUGGGUAACGCUACUCUGCCUGGGUGUAAUAUUUAGAAUGCCUCCAUAAAAGGGACCAACCUAACUAAUCACCAAGCUUGGGAAGCCAACAUCUGCUGAUCAGCAGACACCUGCAAAGUGCAUUUACAUUACAUUCUCAUCGACUGUAAUGCAUGAUCGUUGUAAGUAAGCCAAACCAGAAUCCCAGACCGUUCCGUUUAACCCAAUCCAGCAAAUCUUAAAUCAUCAGUAUUAAAACAAGAAACCUGAAGUUUUAGAUUGUUUUUUUUUUAAAACUCGCUGAAACUCGUUGAGUUUUGUUUUUAACUUUAUUUUUAUUUGACCUUUUUUAAUUCUUAAUUUUAUUUCCGUGAUGAUGUAAGAUUGUAGCUUCCCAUCUACAGGGGAGUGUACGUGGAGUAGGUUUAGGAACAAACUGAAUGUAUCAAUCACUGGAAAGGGCAUGCUGGGCUUCUAGUAACUAAUAGUAUGCUCAUGACUGUAUAUUUCAAGAAAUCUGUUGUAAAAGGAUAUAUUAUCCUGUGUCAUAUUCUAUAAAGUACUCGUAUAAACUGUUCAGUAAACACAGCCCAAAGUUUGUGUUCUGUACAGUUCACUGUUUAACUCUGUAUUUUGACAUUAGCAUUUUGGGUGGUCAUCAUAUGUAUAAAGUGCAAUUUGUGUAAUAUUUCUUAAAUAUUAUCUGUGUAUGGUUGUACAAACAUGUGUAUGAACAAAUAACCUGCAGCUUAUUAAAGAACAAGAGCUGUAA